UGGUGUUCUCUGCAAGAGGUAGGAGGGGGCAGGCAGCAAGAGCCUCAACACUUUACCUCCCACUAUCCACCCUGCUCAACGGCUGACAUGACCAGCACUCAGUAGAUAUGAGGACAACAGCAGCAUCCUGAGCUGACAAAGAAACACUUCAUGGAAGGAACAAGAGGCUGGCCCUCUGAUCAGCAGUACUUCCUUAAGAUGCACCUCCCCAGGAUCAAGAAGAGAACCCAGUCACCCCACAGAGAGACCGUUUCCCCUGUCCUCUCAUACUACUCAGAGCCAGCCUACCUGCAGCACCGUAAGGAUGUGACUAGAGAUUUGGCCCCGCUGCCUGGUGGAACGAGAAGAGGAGCGCUGGAGGAGGAAGACCAGGAAGAGACGCUGAGCCUACGGAGCAUGCCCAGUAUGAGAAGCACCCUGAGUCACGCCUCAAAGGUGAAAAGGUCACGGGGGUUCCCGAAGAGACACACCAUCCCCGAGCUCAGACUGCCCCCUGUUACUAAGAUUCAUCCUGACCCCAGAGCCAGUCUGGAAUUGAGGGGAACUGGCUACCUGGGAUGUUCCAGACUUCCACCCAUCAUCAAAUCUACCAGAACCCAUGAGCCUCUGCACCAGGAGAGACCCCCAGGUCCAGCUGGGUACAGGCCUGAGAAGAAGGGAGACGUCACCCCUGGACUUCCAGAGAAGGAGGCUGUUGGUCUGAAGAAGCAGGGAGACGUCACCCCUGGACUUCCAGAGAAGGAGGCUGUUGGUCUGAAGAAGAAGGGAGAUGUCACCCCUGGACUUCCAGAGAAGGAGGCUGUUGGUCUGACGAAGCAGGGAGACAUUCCCCCUGGACUUCCAGAGAAGCGAGGCUGUUGGUCUGAAGAAGCAGGGAGACAUUCCCCCUGGACUUCCAGAGAAGGAGGCUGUUGGUCUGAAGAAGCAGGGAGACAUUCCCCCUGGACUUCCAGAGAAGGAGGCUGUUGGUCUGAAGAAGCAGGGAGACAUUCCCCCUGGACUUCCAGAGAAGGAGGCUGUUGGUCUGAAGAAGCAGGGAGACAUUCCCCCUGGACUUCCAGAGAAGGAGGCUGUUGGUCUGAAGAAGCAGGGAGACAUUCCCCCUGGACUUCCAGAGAAGAAGGCUGUUGGUCUGAAGAAGAGUUUUAAUAAUGAGGACC